UGCUGCACAAGUGACCCUCAAUGUAUCCCCCUCGGUAGCCCUUCCCCGUGAGACUUUGCAUGCUUGAGUGUGUUGUUGGCUGUCCGUGGACACCCUGGGGCAGCAGCAUUUGCAUGUUGGGGCGCUGCCUUGGGGCUGAAAGGGGGAGAAAAAUCACAUGAAGCCAUUGACUACCACGAUGGAGAAUACUACUAUUUAUCUGGGCGUCCGCUUUCGACAUGGUGGCUCUGUAGUCGCAUACUUUUCAUAAAUUACACUACCGUGAACAUUUAUAGAUCCGCGGAUGCACAAGUUGUUUUUUUUUGCUCUCAAGUUGCUUUUCUUAGUUUUGCGCAUUUCGCGGAGAUACUUUUGGAGAGUUUUAUGCUUUUUGCUGUUGAGGAUGUCAAAGUAAUGGAUGUUUUCUUGAGUUGAAGAAGAAUUAUGUGGAUUCAAAGACCUCAUUUUUUUGCUUGUUUGUGUGUUCCCCGCUGAAGUAGUUGAAUGUGUAUAUAGUUUGGUUGAAAGCUCGUGAGUCUACACUUGUGGGCAAUAGUGUAGUUGAGAAGCACAUUUAAUAACAAGAGAGUGUCCUCCUUGCAUAAAAGACUUAAUUUAGGCGGAUCAGGAGGAUAGAGUUAUCAGCGAGUGAUAGAGAAGGGCGCAGAGGCUAUUGUCGGGAGCUGAAGAAGAAGGAGGUUUGGGUAGUGCUCGAAAGGGGAGAAAACUCUAUUUACAUAGUGUUGUUUUCUACCCAUGACAGUCAGCAACAACAACAGCACCUCCAAUGUCCAUGCCGUCAACAUCGUCUGUAGCAGGAGGCCCGCCAGAUACCAACCGACAGCUUUUUAGCGUGAAGCAAGAGAGACACGACGAAGCGGAGAUUUUGGAGUUGGCUGCCAAAAUGAUGGAGAGCCACAAGGCGCAAAUGACCAAAGCGGCUCAACAGCAAGCAAUGCAACAGCAAAUGCGUUCUGUGAAUGUGAUCAAUAGCACAGGUCAGACCAACAUAUUAAGUUACUUUCAAAGAAAAUCCUCACAACAAGGGUCAUCGUCAUUACACGCAGCCGGAACAAGUAGUGCAUCAAUUGUUCCAGCGAGCACACCGGCGACGGCAGCCGUCGCGACGACAAACGGUGGCUCAUAUGCCAAUGGGAAGCAAGCGAAUGGGGACUCGACGGCGUCCGCGAGUCCCGAUGGUGAGAAGAAGGCGUGCGAUGAGGAGAGCCAGAAGGGCCACUUUGGGUGGCACACGUUCAAUAAGUCCAUCUACAUCCCAUACAUCCUGAGAUCGGGCGAAAAGUACUGCGCUGUGCGUAUUGUGGAGAGCAAACUCCUCAACAAGUAUCUCAACUAUCUCCACCAUGACAUCUACAGUUGCACAUGCGUCCGCAGUUACUACAUCACGGAGGCCGAGGGGCGACUCCUAAAUGAGAUUAAUCACAAGCACAGUGAGUCCCACUAUGGCCGGGACAUGUUCACGGUGAAGGAUCUGGUGGUGCGGCUGUCUGAUGUCAGCAAGUUCUGGACAUUCCUCGAUGUGUGCUACAAGAAGCUCCUCAUGGGCAACAACAAUCAGGGACAGUCGGAGAAGUGUGGAUUUAUUAGGAUUAAUAAGGAAUCUGUUGUUCCAUACACUGUUCGUGAUGGGCAAAAGUUUGUUCCAUUGUUCUAUUUCGAGGGUGAGACGGAGAAUCUCAAGUUGAAAGCCGAUAAUCUUUCCGGCUGGGAUCUUUCCUACUUGAAGUUCUGCUGCAAAGUUCAGGGGAUUCGCAAUGAGCUGUUCGCCAGCGAUAAAGUCGCGGUGAUCAGUUUGACGGACAUCAAGAGCUACUUCCCACCUGGCACGCAGUUUGAGGAUUACUGGCCCAGCAAGGUGGUGGACACCCAAUUGCUCGUGCAGAAGUCAAAUGCCAACAGUUCCGUUCACUGGACACGCCAACCAUCAGCCCCACCGCCCAAGUCAGCAGCCACUGCUCAAGCCAAAUCUGCUCCGGCGCGGAAGCAAGCCGCGUCGGCGGUGUCGUACGGAAAUGCCGCCGCCAUGCAGCAGCAAGUGAACAUGCAACAGCGACUACCCGGACAGAUGGGCAACACCAAUAAUCCGGUGGUGUCCAAUGUGUGGCCCAAUUUGGCCGGUGUGUCAGGACUCAAUCUCACGCCAGGGCAGGAACAGAUGCUGCGAAUGGCUCAGGCCGCUCAACAGCAGGUGCAGUCGCAAAGGGGAUAUCCAACAACGAGAUCCCAGGUUCAGAAUAUCAUGCAACGCCAACCCUACAACGUGAACUUUCCUCCUGUUGCGACAGCGAUGUCUGCAAUGACUGGUCUCACCUCAACCGCAAAUCAGGUGCCGCCGCCCCUCAUUAGAGGAGCACAGCAAGCACCCACUAGUCACCACAUGUCUAGUUGUGUUACUGGUCCACCGUCAUUACGCUCUAGUAAUAGUCUGACGAUAAAUCCUGUUGCCACUCCUUCCCACCUCUUGCCUCCUCCACCACCCUACAACGCGUCCAGCAACCACCUCCACGAAUAUCUGCUGGCGAACGUAUCGUUGGCGUCAUCACCAAAGAGCAGCCCGUAUGGCAGUGGCGGCGGCGGCGGCGCGGGCGUCAAGCCGUCGUACAGCGCAGCGGCGGCGUUCAAUAACAACAACAGCGACUUUCUGCUGGACAACAAUAUUCUGAGUGCAAUAUACUCGAAAACGCCCAUAACGUCAACGGCGAAUCUGCCGGUGGGAUCGCCGGCGAGGGCGUCGCCGAAUCAGAGCAGCGCCAUGGCCACGGCGAUGGUUAACAAUGGCCAGACAAAGCAUCCCCCGCCGCCGUUGAUUCCAAUGCCAGGCACGAAUAGCGCUGAUGCGUUCAGCAGCAUUCGCGACACGCUGCAGCAAUUGCGCAAUCUGAAAUCCUUGACAACGACGUUCUUGCCACAGAAUAUCCCCAUUCCCGAUCCCUAUGGCAGCCCCUCGCCGUCCCACGUCGCCGGCGCCACCUCGCCCUUCUCCCACCAUCCGCUGUCCAUGGCGCCGGCGGCCAAUCCCAUCAGCAACCCCGCCGCAUCCCUCGCAAACAGACAAACGAAAAGCGUAACUAUGUCAGCCACGGAUGUAAUCGAUCUGUCUUCCCCUCCAAGGUCGGCCGCCAGUUUACUCCACCACCAGCAACAGCAGCAUCAGCAACAACAGUUGCACCAGCAACAGCAGCGCAGUCAGCAAAUGCUGACCAACGGCCGCUGCAGCAGCGCCGCCAGUGCACAGAGUAUGAUGCACGGCGGCGUGCCGUCGGCCACGAGCGCCGCCGCUGCCGCCCAAGUGGCGGCGAUGCAGCAGCAUCAGAGGCAAUCGUCGGUUGACGCGUCCCGCCUCUCGGCCAUACCCGAGAUGGCGUCCCACAAUGGGAAUGUGCCGUAUAGAAUGCAAAAGGCGCAAAUUGAUGGCUGCACAGUGCCAUGCAUCAAUAUGAAAGCCUACUCGCACAGUGAUUUGCUCAUGACGCUGGCAGAUCUCAAAGAUAUUUUCUUUCCCCACAUGACACUCGAGAACUGCCGAAAGGUGCUCGAUGUCCUCAAUGUGGAGUUGUACAAAGGAAACAGGAGUCAAUUGAAAGUGUUCCAGGAGUACGGACAUCACGGCAUGGAGAACAUGGCGCUGGUGUUGGUGCGAGACAUUGUGAACUUCAUGCCGCAGCUCAAGUACAUGGUGCGGAGUCAACCUCAGGAGCAGCCUGCGCACAAGCGGGCGAGGAUCAGCUAGGAGAC